AUGAUCUAUCGGCCUCCAGAGAUGGUCGACUUCUACGCGGAGUUUCCGAUCUCGGAGAAGGUCGAUGUGUGGAUGAUUGGCUGCAUCCUGUACACCUUGAUGUUCUACAGGCAAACGCUUUGCAUGUACUGGGGUUGGAGCUUGCUUUGUCAGGCGUACACAGGCAUUGGAUCCUGA